AUGGGUUCUUCAUGCAAUAACUCUUCUGUCAAUGGCUUCUACAACUUCAUUACUCAAGGACUCAACGAACUUCACCAAUCAUUCCACUCCCAUAACUUCAUGUCAAUCCAAUUCAUUUCAGAGAUGCUCUCAUCUCUCCAAUCCUUCAAUUCCCACUUAAUCAUUUUGGUCCAAAAACUUUGCUUGCCAGUUGGAGGAAAAUGGCUAGAUGAAUACAUGGAUGAAAGCUCAAGGCUUUGGGAUGUAUGUCAUGUACUCAAAUCUGCCAUUUCUGGAAUAGACAACUAUUGCUCAGCUAGCUCUAAUAUAGCUUCCAUAGUGGAUGGCUUCCAUCAUUUAACUCCACAGGUUUCACAUCAGACAUAUAUGCAGGUCAUUAGGGCAAUAAAUAUUUGUCAAAGGGAGAUUCUAGGAUUGCAAGAGGAAAAUAAAAGCUUGAUGGAAACAAGAAUCCAUACAUUGUCUCAAUGUCUAAAUCAGAACAUCUCUAUGGAAUCAAAGUUAAACGAGUUCAAUGGCUUCCGAGGUGUUCUUUAUGCAAUGAAGAUUGUUAACUCAUUACUUUUGAUGAUUUUGCUGUGUGGAGUUGCAUAUUGUUGGUCUUCCUCGUGCUUUCACCAACAAGUGUAUGAAGGGCACGUGGUUUUUGGAUCUGGUUUCAUGGUUUCAAUGGAAAGAUUGCAACAGAAAGUUGCAGAGGAGAUAGAACAGAUUAAUGGGCAGCCAGGGAUUCUGCUCCUUGAAUUCCAACAAGCAAAGAUUGCCAUGGAGGAAUUGAAAGUGGAGUUGGAGAGAAUAGUGAGUUAUGAAACACGGCAUGAGAUCCAAGCAAAAGUUGACAAGUUGAAACGUUGUUUUGGGUUGUUGAGAUGUGGGGUUGAGACUAUAACAGGGCAACUUGAUGAUUUUUUUGAUGAAAUUGUAGAAGGUAGGAAGAAGCUUUUGGACAUGUGCAGUCAUAAGUAG